AUGGGUGGUGGUGCAUUCUACGGGCCAAAGAUUGACAUCAAGAUCCAGGACGCCCUGGGCCGCAAGUGGCAGUGCUCCACCAUCCAGCUUGAUUUCAACCUGCCGCAGCGCUUCGACAUGGCCUACGUCGACAAUGAUUCGUCGCGGCAGCGCCCCAUCAUGAUCCACCGCGCCAUCUUUGGCAGCCUGGAGCGGUUCUUCGGCAUCCUGGUUGAGAACUACGCGGGCGCCUUCCCGCUGUGGCUGGCGCCCGUGCAGGUGCGGCUGCUGCCCGUCAACGACGCCGUGCUGCCCUACGCCCAGGAGGCCGCCGCGCGCCUGCGCGCAGCCGGCGCACGCGUCGAGGUGAUGGAGCGCGCCUCGAUCGCCAAGAUGAUCCGCACUGCUGAGCGCGCCAAGACGCCCGUCAUGGCGGUCGUGGGUGCCAAGGAGGCAGAGUCGCGCAGUCUUGCGCUGCGGCUCUAUGGCGGCGCCGACCUGGGGAGCCUGCCGCUGGAUGACGUGGCGACGCGGCUCAGCGCCGCGAUUGCCUCCAGGAGCAGCUUCUAG